CACUACUAUAUAACAAAUAAUUUGAGCUAAAGAAAAUGGGUAGAAAGAAGAAGAAGCCUCUGAAGCCGUGGUGCUGGUACUGUAACCGUGAGUUUGAAGACGAAAAGAUUCUGGUGCAGCACCAGAAGGCGCGGCACUUCAAGUGUCACGUGUGUCACAAAAAGUUGUACACAGCCCCAGGUCUUGUUAUCCAUUGCAUGCAGGUUCACAAGGAAACAGUAAGCUCAGUACCUAACUCCCUCUCUCAUCGUAACAACUGUGAGAUUGAGAUAUACGGGACGGAAGGGAUCCCUCCGGAGGACGUGUCAGUGCACGAGAAGGAGGUCCGGGAUAGAGAAAAGGGUGAAGGGAAAGAAGGAGAGGGAGCAGAGGGAGGGGGACAGCAGCCAGCCAUGCCCGGCAUGAUGCCUGGCAUGAUGUUCCCCGGCAUGAACCCAGCAAUGAUGAAUCCCCAAAUGAUGCAGCAGAUGAUGCAGAACAUGAACCCGCAGAUGAUGCAGCAGAUGCAGGCUCAGAUGCAGCAGUUUGGUAUGCCGGGAAUGCCCCGACCUCCAAUGCCGGGUAUGAUGCCGCACGGAGCUAGAGGACUUAUGCCAGGAAUGCAGAGACCUGGUAUGCCGCCCCCGCCCCCAGGGCCCCCCAGAAUGGGACCUCCCCGUCCCGCUAUGUCAGAGAGACCUCCCCCUCCCCGACCUCCUGCUCCAGAACUUCAGUCUAUGAGCAGGCCCCCAGCUCUGAACAACGUCCAGCCACCUCCAGGGCCCCCCAGGAUGCCACCUCCAGGACCACCACAACGUCCCCCACCAGGACAUGGUCCUCCCCCGAGUAUGGGGGGUCGCCCCAUGCUGUUCCCUUCAGCUGGCGGGACACAGGGUGUACCCCCUCCACCCCCUGCUAAAACCAGUGGCCAGGAAGUUGCUCCAAUCAAACCAACUCUGAUUAAUAACUGUCAAAAGCUUAUUUAUGCCGACGACGAUCUGUCAAUGGAGGAGCGGAGAGCGAUAUCCCGGAGACGAGGCCUGACCAACACAUCCACAAUAUCCGCUCAACCAGUCCGCAGCCGACCCCCUCCACAACGGGGAUAUUGAGCUACUUCUAGAAGCUUCUGUAGUUUGACCUUGCUAGUGGGUACGUCAGAUAGUGUCUGACUGCAUCCCUCGUUUAUAUGUACAUGUAAACCUGUCGACUCUCUUUAGUUCCUAAUGGUGGUUUUAUGUUACCUUCUUCUUUGUUAUUGUAUGAUAUAUAGUAUGCUGGACAUAACUGACUGAAUCAUUGAGCCUGAUUUAAUUUAUUUUCCAGAGAUUGAGUGCGUUUCUCCUAAAUCACAUCUGGCAACCUCCGAAAUCGCCAGUAAGUCGUACAAGUAGGAUUUUUGUUACUCAAAUCCUAGGAAAUUUUGACCUAUUGGACUUUGUGAUCCAUGUUAUGUAAUUAUGUUCCCGUUACUCAACUACCUACCUAUUGAACCUGUUGAAACUACUUUAAAGAAAGCAGAAAAGGUUUGAGACGUGGAAUUUAUGUACUAUUUUUCAAAUUUACAGGCUUUCCAAGUAGGAUUAUAACAGAGGCUCGUGUAAACAAUUCUCUUAAUCUAAAGCAAGUUGAACUUUCGAUGAUUUCCUCUUUACUUAGGAUGCAUUUUCAGUAUUUUUGGGUUCACACAGGUUUGGAGAGUUUUAAAUAAUAUAUAUUAUAUAUAGUAUAUAAUAAUAAUAUAUUACAUUUUCUUACACUUGGGACUAACCAAAUCAUCGGUUCUAUAUAUCAACAAAUUUACGGCUAAUAUCAGCGUAUUAUAAUAUUAUCGCCCGAGCGUAAGCACUUCAUUAGAAAUAUAAUUAUUAACAGUCUGGCCGGUGUUCACACAGGUUUGGCUCGAGUUAGUCACUGGCAAAGCUUCAUAGAUUAUGACGCUUUGCGUUUAUCAGUGCACUCAAUACCUUCUUCAAUUGCAGCACAUGUAGUACUAGUACUAAAUUAUACACAUAAUAUGUAACUGUACAUGUAGUACUAGUACUAAAUUAUACACAUAUAAUAUGUAAGGAUACUGUUUCCUCUUAUUGUAUCGCAUGUUAUCGGCCACAAUCCAGGUUUGCUUAAUCCGCCUUAAUUCCUCCCCGGGACCUCGUGUACUAUUAACUCCUCACUUUAGGUUACUUUACUUUACUCCUCACUUUACCAUUCACCAGAUUCCACUCGUUGUGAUUAAAAAGUUUGAUUCAGCGGUUAAUAGCUGUAAAGUGCAACUUAUCAUUUCUGCAACAGGUACAACGUGUUGUUAUAUUGAAGUGUAUACAUAUUGUAUUUUCAUAGACUUGGUUUAAAA